GCAGCCGAGCAAGGCCGGGCUCUUCGCCCUGCUGCCAGGCGGCUGUGCCUGAGGCCGGCAGCGCUCUCCUGGAGCGUCCCACCCGGCAGGAGGAGCGGGAAGGAGCCCUUGUCCCGAGAGAAGGUUUUCCACCCCAGCUGCUGGUUCUCGCUGGAUGAUCCCGAGUCCUGCCAGGCUGCUGGGAUGGACAACCACUGCCUUACUGGGCUGGACAGUGCUCGGCCCCGGCACCGGUCUGUGCAGCAGGGCACCGCUCGCUGGCUCAUGUGCUGCGGGACCAGCACAGUCCAUCUCAUUCCAGGCUUCUGCUCUCUCUUUCAGGAUGCGCACAACUGCAUCCCCGAGCUGGACAGCGAGACAGCGAUGUUCUCCGUCUACGAUGGACACGGAGGAGAAGAGGUUGCCCUGUACUGUGCCAAGUAUCUUCCCGAGAUAAUCAAAGACCAGAAGGCCUAUAAGGAAGGCAAAUUGCAAAAGGCCCUGGAAGAUGCUUUCUUAGCCAUAGAUGCCAAGCUCACCACCGAGGAGGUGAUUAAAGAGCUCUCUCAGAUGGCUGGGAGACCCCAAGAUGAUGAAGAUGAGAAAGAGAAAGUUGCUGAUGAAGAUGAUGGUAAGUGAGAUGAAGCUGCUCUUCUGCAUGAAGAAGCCACAAUGACCAUUGAGGAGCUUCUCACCCGUUACGGACAAAACUGCACCAAGAACCUCAAGAACAAGCCUUUAGCUGCAGCUGGGGAGAGCGCUGCGGAGGGGACAGGCAAGCAGCACGAUGGGGAGUCAAACGUGAACGGAGAGGCUGACCCAGGGGAGCUUACCGACCACAAGGAGACGAAGAACGGGAAGCCAGAUGAAGAAAUCACGGGUAUUUCCUCCACCUCAGACAAAGCCAGCACUGGAGGCAACAGCCCUGCUCUGCAGAAGCCUGACCUAGGCAAAGGUGACGAGGCCGUCACCUCUUCUACUGGGGAGGCCGGGCCCUCCUGCUCCUCCACGGGAAAGCCCCAGCGCACAACCAAAUCCAAAUUUUUUGAGGACAGUGAGGAUGAGUCAGAUGAGGUUGAGGAAGAGGAGGAAGACAGUGAGGAUGGUUACAGCAGUGAAGAGGCAGAGAAUGAAGAUGAUGAAGAUGAUACUGAAGAAGCAGAGGAGGAUGAGGAUGAAGAGGAGGAAAUGUUGUUACCAGGCAUGGAGGGGAAAGAGGAGCCUGGUUCUGACAGCGGGACAACUGCUGUCGUGGCGCUUAUCCGGGGCAAGCAGCUGAUCGUGGCCAACGCUGGAGACUCUCGCUGUGUGGUGUCCGAAGGUGGCAAAGCUGUCGACAUGUCCUACGACCACAAGCCGGAGGAUGAGGUGGAGCUGGCCAGGAUAAAGAACGCCGGUGGCAAGGUGACCAUGGAUGGGAGAGUGAACGGCGGCCUCAACCUCUCCAGGGCGAUCGGCGACCACUUCUACAAGCGUAACAGGAACCUGCCUCCAGAGGAACAGAUGAUCUCUGCUCUGCCUGACAUCAAAGUGCUGACAAUAAACGAUGACCACGACUUCAUGGUCAUUGCCUGCGAUGGGAUCUGGAAUGUGAUGAGCAGCCAGGAAGUGGUGGAUUUCAUCCAGUCCAAGAUCACCCAAAAGGAUGAGAAUGGCGUCCUGAGGCCACUCUCCUCCAUUGUCGAAGAGCUGCUGGAUCAGUGCUUGGCUCCGGACACCUCGGGGGACGGUACCGGCUGCGAUAACAUGACCUGCAUCAUUAUCAGCUUCAAGCCCCGUAAUACACACCCGCCUGCUGAAAGCGGGAAGCGGAAACUGGAGGACGUGGCGGCAGCGGCAGCACCAGCAGAAGAGAACGGUGGCGAUAACAACAAGAAGGCCAAGCUGGAAUAGCAGCCCUGGUGCAGGGACUGUGCUCACCAGACUCUCGUUUCUUAAACAUGCUGAACUCAAGACUCCAAGGUCUUGUCCUUUUUUUAGCCUUAGCAGAGGCCUUGUUUGUCCAUGUCCUGGUCGGGGGUUGGGGGCGGGUCGCACUGUUCAUCCGUAACCAUUCCAAAGAGGGAGCCGAGGGCGGAGGUACCAGCGGGAGCAGCCACCGGCCGC